ACAAUUAAACAUUUGCUUGAGCAAAUUAGAGAUAAGGCUAUUCCUAUUUUUAAAAUGAAAUUCCCUAAUGCAAUCACUGUUUUUGCAUUCGAUAAUAGUACAAGUUAUGCCAGAUAUGCGAAAAAUGCUCUUUUGGCAGAAAGAAUGAAUCUGGGACCUGGUAAAAAACAACUAGUAAUGCAACCAACUACCUUUAUUAAUGCUAAUAGAGUACAAAGAAUACAAAAAUUAGUAUUUAAAGAGAAUUACCCUAAUCCAGCCAUGUGA